AUGUCUCCUGUGCAUUCACCUGGUGAUGGGCGUACAGGCUGCUUCUAUGACUCAGCCAUUAUGAGUUGUGCUGCUGUAAACGCGGGUGCACCCGCAUCGAUGUGGUGUGAUGUCUUUAACGUUUCCUUCAUUUUUGAACUUGUAGUGAUGGGACUGAACCCAGGACACGCUCCACCAAGAUCGCUACGUCUUUCUUUUAUUGGGAAGCCUGGAACCAGAGAAAGGAUUUCCGAAUUCUUCCAAGAGAGAGGGCCUUCAGAGGCAAGCUUGCUCCUGCCCGUCAGCCUGCACAAUAUCGUCGCCCGUGUCCAAACACACUCCUCAGACACAUUCUCUUUCCCUGCCACAGACCCCACACCAUGCCCCUUCCCUGGACCCCUCUCUCCUCUCUGCGCCCGUGUACCUGACACAGAAGGUGAAAGUCUCCUUGCCUACCAGUGCUGCCUGCUGCACAAGUUUGGAUCGCACGCCCCCCACCUACCUGUUGAAGUCCUAGGCAUCUCCAUGGCUCAGAAUCACUGUUUCUUCUGCGCUCUCCAGGCAGGCAUUUCCCCCAGCGCAUCUCUGCGCUGUCUCCAGCAGUGCCCACCACAGCGGCUAGCACCGCUCCACUCUUCAAAGAUGGAGUCUAAGGCGGAGAAGAGCACUGCUGCCCCAGGUCACCCUGUUCGCGUAUGAGGUGGAGUCAGGACCGAAAUUUAGGUCUGCGGAGCCCAUGCCCAAGCUGCUAGGCCCCAGCUGCUUUGUUCCUCGCUGAAGAGCUCCAAGCCCUAGAGCUCGCCUC